AUGGAAAGCCUCAGGGCUUCCGCUCUCCUUCUCGCUGGCCUGAUCCUAGGAAGUAAAGUCCACUCCACUAGCGGAUUAUGUACGAGAAGUUUCUUUGCUCAACCUGUCAUUUACGAUAAAGCUAUGGGAAUCGAUUUUUACUUUACUGGAAUCAAUGUGCCAUCGGUAAGCGCAUGUGCUGAUUUUUGUGGUGCGAGAAAAUUCUGUCGAACGGCAAUCUUCAAUUCGUACACGAAAACAUGUGCGAUUUCUUACGAGUACACGCUAAAUUGCAGGUACAACAAGAACCGAUACACCGAUUUCGAUUUACGCUCAAGCUCCAGUCAUCUGAUACAAGUUGCGUGUGUGGCAAAAUGUAGUGAAGAUUAUGCACCACUCAUGCCGCUACGUAGACAACCUCAAGUUGUGGCAGAAAAUUCGUCUAAUGGAAGUGCACGACAGAAAGUGGAACUCAUCACAGGAGAUCCUCACGACGGCAGUAAGCGUGAACGGUUCUUACCUGAAGAACAGACGCGGGCUAUCGAGACUACGACCACCAAAGGUCAACAAGCCAUCACCACUAACGUUAACAAUUCAGCUCUUCCAGCUGUGGAUGAGGUGAAAAAGCAGGCUACAAGACGCGGUCCAUCUCAGGUCUGUUUCCGAACGAUUGAGAGGCGAUACCUACUGGGUGGCUCGUUUGAGCAGCAUACCACGUCGUCCAUUGAUGAAUGCAGGUGCCUCUGCGCGGAUACAUUUUCCGCACUACGUCUACAUCGAUGCCAAUCACUUCAGUGGUAUCCUAGUGGAAAGUGCGUUCUAAACAAAGGCUCUCAUCUUGGAAGAUAUGACCUGAUCGAGGAUCGAAACGCAAUUUACCAGUACAUCAACUGUGACAUACAAGUGCUUCUUGACAUAGCAUCGAGAGUCUGCAAGGCAGCGAACACUUCCAAUACAGUCACAGGAACUUCUGCCCGAGCUCGAACGACAAGCACAACAGAGAAACCAUCGUACAAAAGACCAGUAAAUCGUGAACAGAGCACAGAAGUACCAACUGCAACAUGGAAGUUUUUGACCACCCCGUCCGCUACAAGUCCAUCUACUACGACAGCGUCAACAGAGCAGACAUCUACUGAGGAGAGCACUUCAACAGAGCUAACAACAACAACAGUGGAAAUUACGGAAUCUCCUACACCAGAACCCACGGAAGUUUCAAGAGUGACCGAAACUACUACGACUACUACGGAAGCGAUUGAGGAGGUGCAAACUACAGAGGGAAGGGAGGUCGAGAGUUCGACUUCGGUGGUGCCUCAGGAAACCAACCAACGUAAUGCAACUGAACUUUCCCCUCUCAAGAUUGUUAACAGCGGUUGCUUUGAGGAAAUCCGCGGCUACAUGAUGACUAAUGUUGCCGGUGGUCUCGAACAUGAUGUAUCCAUGGACGAGUGCAAAUGUUUCUGUGCGAACAGCAAAACUUCUCGACGGUAUUCAUUUGAAUGUCUCUCUGCGACUUACUAUCACGAAGAGCGUGAUUGUAUUCUAAAUCUGGACAAUCGACAUCGAAAUCCACAACUUCUGGAACAGCAAAGCAGCGACUACUCUGUGACAUAUUUGGGCAUGACAUGCGGAAAAGAAGAGACAAGUGCAUCGUUGACUAAAGCGUCAUUCACAGCUAACUGCCAGCGUGUCACUCCAACAACGACGACGACACCAGCACCAAAAAAGCGGAAGAUGGGAGUGAACUCUGACAAAUGCUUCCUGGAACUGUCAGAUUUCGUUUUGGAAGGAACAGCUCUCGCAAUUGAGACCAUGAUCAGUCAUCAGGAAUGCAAAUGUCGCUGCUUAAAUGGAGAAGAGAGAUAUGGUGAAGCAUGUCAGUCUUUCCAGUACUACUUCGAUAGUAGCACUUGCUUAAUCAACAAACAGAACAGAUUUUCGAAUUCGGAGAAUUUCAAUUUUGUACCAAGCUCGCAGAAGCGCAGUUAUUUCGAACAUAGAUGUGCAACACGAGACGAUGUCCGCCUGAAAUAUUUGGACGAUUUCUGCUCCGGUGACUCAGUCGAGGCGCAAAACAACACGGCCGAUACUGGCAGUAAAUCUAAAAAGAGUCAACAAGAAACGGAAAAAUCCCAGCGAGGUCCCGACUCCAUGCACGAAGUAGGAACAAAGGAGACCACUACGACGCCGAGUUUGAAGUCCAAGGAUACCGACAACGAAAAAAUUGAUCAACCAAAUGCUUCAAAAGAGGUGGUUUCCAUUUUUCAACACUCAGGUUCCGACAUCUUCAGACAUGAGAAAAAACCAGGAAAAGUCGUUAUGGUUCUGCCGAUGAUACCAAUGGUCUAUAACAGAACAGAACCGCCGCCACCUAAAUGGAAUUCAGACAACCGAACUAGUGGCGGAUAUGGUGGUUAUCAUAAGGUUGAACCGAAAGUGGAAAAGCAUUUUAUGAUUCCUGAGGCGGAAAGUGAAGAAGACGGUAAUGCGCCAAGAACGCAACCGACUACUGUAGCAACCACAACAACCACUGAACGGCCAAAAAUAAAGCGAUAUGUCGUGGUAAGCUUUUAUUGA